GCGAUGGCGGCGCCGGGAUCGGAAUGCGGCGGGAGCGACGGUGGCUACCGCGACCUGCGCGAUGUGCGCGUCGAGCUGGACCCGGGAACGGCCCGAGGCGGCGGGGGAGGAGGCUUCGCCGUCUGCUUCUGGCUCUACCUGUCCAACUCCGCGAGGCCGUCCUCUGUGAUCCUCCACCAGGUUGGAUGGAUUAUUCUCUCUCCACGGGGUUUGGGAGGUUUCUUGGCGAUGGCUUCUGCAGGAAUUGUUUUCUUUUCCGAUGGCUACAUGGAGAGAGGAAUUGGUGCUGCUUUUGUGGUCUGUAUUUUUGUGUUGAGUGUUUUAUAUCCUCAAAAUUACUCGGUUAAUAUUGGAUCUGGGCUGUCCUUUCUGCAGCACACUGCAUAGCAAAAUCUUGGUCAGGACUCAGGAACCUCUACUGAUCUUUUUCCAAUAUGUAGUUUGAGGAAAUUUCGUGCUUACAGUUUCAGGGGAAAUUUUGUCGUCGAGAAAAGUGAAGAGUAUCCCUGGGUUUCCUUGUGAAGUUUCAGUAUCAGAAUAGGUGAAGGAAAUAAACUGCUUCUCUUCCCAUUGAUGAGGCUACACAAAGAAGCUCCUGCUACUGCUAGUUCCUAUCCAUGGACCGACACGACCAAUCUAUCAUCUACAAGCGAAUGUCCUCUUGAGAAAUGGUUCCACAUUGGGUGUGAGGUUACUGACAAUGUCAUACGUCUUCACGUCAACGGCGACCUAACUGCUGAGAUUCAUCUUUGUUCCCUAUCUGAUGAGCCAGACCAUCAGGAGGAUGCAAACAAAAUUAGCUUAGUCGGAAAUGACAGCAAGCUUGAAGGCUAUAUGUAUAAUAUUGAGGUGUCAUCAGUACUAGGAACUAUACAAGAACAAUAUGCAAAGAACCCACCAUUUAAGUUAUAUAUUGACUACUCAUCCUCUGAUGGAAUUGAAGAGUGUGAUGAUGGCAUUUGGAACGUUGUGGGCGGGAAGGCAUCUUGCAGGAGAAACUUCAUAUUGGAAGUAGUAUUAAUCAAUGCUUUUGGUGAACCUGUGAAGGAUAAAGAGGUUGUUGCUUCGCUUGUCUAUGCUGACAAUGGAAUGGUAGUUGAAAAAUCAAGGGAUGAUUCAGAGCCUCCCUUACUUAUUACCUGUGAAGGACUUGAAUACCCAGCUAUAAGCAGGCCUCUUCCAAUUAUUCAUGGACGUGCACUUUUUAAACUCAAAAUAUCACAGCUCUCCUCCAAAUGCGACAAUAAGCUCUUCCGUAUUCGAUUUUCUACACUUCACAUGCGGAGAUAUCCUUUUCUGGAGGCAUAUUCCAAAACAAUUUGCUGUAUAUCUCGAAACCGCACCAUCCGCCCAUUGGGUUCUGGAAAGCGGGUGAGUUCUGCAACGGCAGAUGAAACUGACUUCCUCCAAGGUUUAGUUAAUGCUGACAGAGUAAAUGGUCACUCACAUUCUCAUGGCCAAAGUUCAGUAGCGCAUUCCCAUACACCCAAGUUUCCCAAGAUAGAAGGUGAUGGAAUGGCGAAGGUAGUAGAGACAAACAAAAUACUAUCACAGAAUAAGCACGCCAGGAAGAUGGUGCUAAGCAAAGAAGCACAGAAUGCCAUGGGGACAGACACUUCAACAUCCAACUUUGACAGCUUUGGUUCAGGAAGUUCUUGGAGUGGGUCAGAUGCAGAUGAUGUUGAAACCUUUUCAGAUGCUGUUGUUUUCAGAUACUGUCUAGAUAGCACAUAUGACCGGUCAAAGUUUCUUAGAGGUGCAGCUCCUACUUUUAACAAAGAAGACCUGGUAAAACUUGCGGAUCAGAUCUCAUUGUACAGUGGAUGCUCCCACCACAGAAACCAAAUAUUGAUGUCUAAGCGAUUUCUCAGAGAGGGUGCCGAUACUUGGAGCAUGAUCUCAAAGAACAAUGAACGUGCUCUUUGGUCAUCUGCCAUUCCUGGAAUCAUAACAAAAUUUAUGGACAUUGCCCAUUCUGCGAGUAGGGGUUUGUCAGAGCAGGACCUCGAGGUCUUGAGAGGAAUUGCUGGUUGUGGCGAGGAUAUUGGAAGAGACGAAUUUGAUCGCCUAUGGUGCUGGUUAUACCCAGUGGCUGCUACGUUGUCAAGAGACAAAAUUAAAAAGCUGUGGGAUUGCAGAUCACCUAAAUGGAUAGAGGGAUUUAUUACAAUACAGGAAGCGGAGAAUGCACUAAGAAGUUCCAAGGAACUGUUGAAGGAGCCAGGGACAUUUGUUCUCAGAUUUCCUACCACCAGAAGCUGGCCACAUCCAGAUGCUGGAAACCUGGUUGUCACCUACAUUGGCUCUGACAACUCAAUUCAUCAUAGACUACUCUCUCUUGAUUCCAGUGCUGCUACGGCUGAGAACCUGCAAGAUUUGCUGUUGCAGGAACCUGAACUAUCCCAAUUGGGCAGGGUUGAUCGCCUCCCAACCGCCAUCCGCAGAUGAUCCAGGAACGUGAUCCAAAGAGGGUCAGGGGGUUAAUGCAUCCAAAUUCAUCGCCAUCCAAAGACCACCAAAGACCAUAGCCCAUAGCAUCUAUUGCCUGUUGCUGUUGUUACCCUGUACAACUUGUAAAUCGGUAGCCUUCGUACAAAGAGAGGAUAUGUUGUCAUACUAGUCAGAUUUAGCGUAGUUGCUUCAGAAAACAAAACCAAACAGUAGCAUCUGCUAUCUGGUGCCUCGAAAGUCAAAAUUGGAGGUUUUCUUAGUUGCUCCAAUACAUGUACGUAAGCUGAUGAUUCACCUAUGGCCUUGUUUGGAUGCGCGCUAGAAUCCUAGCGCUAGAAGAGAAUCUUUCCCGCA